UGAUUUUUCAAGGUCAGAACAAUAAUUUGCUUUCAGAAAAAAAUGUUUGAGACUUCAGUGGGCGAUGCCUACAGAUGCAUCGAUCCUGAACUCUUGAAUGAGAAGCACUUGGAGCAUAAUCUUAGAGUAGACGGUCGACAGCUCUUGGAAUCGCGCCCUAUUCUCAUCAGUAGCGGAGAUAUCAAAAGUUGCGACUCUAGUUCUUCAGUUAGAAUUGGAAACACUAAGGUUAUGUGUGGAGUCAAUAUGAGACUGUGCAAACCCAUUCUGCAGUAUCCUGGCAGAGGUCUUCUGCAUAUCAGAACCCAAACUAGUUUCUCCAACCCUUUCCAAAGAAGUCACAAACGAAAUGCCGUUCUCAGUGACGUCAUUUCAGAGACUAUUUUGUCAUCUUCCUUUUUGGAUCUGAACAGUUUGUGUGUUAAGCGUGGAGUGCUUUGCUGGUGUUUGAUGCUCGACCUGACAGUGAUUGAAGAUGACGGCUCAUUGGUCGAUGCUCUCAUUUUUGCAGCUGUUUUGGCCCUGAAAAAAGUGAAGCUACCUAAAGUUGAUCUAGAUGAAGAAUUUGAAGUGAACGGUGUUGAUGUUUCGCAGUCAGAACUCUUGAAGUUGUCUGAUAAUACUCCAGUCAUGACUACAUUUCUCUCUAUGUCCUCACCUCGCAAUCGGGGGCAUAAUGUGAUAGUGAUGGAUCCGAAUGAUCAAGAGGAAAGUAUCCCUUCAUCGGGAGUGAUAAGAGUGACAGUACUCGGAGACAACUGCAAAUUUGCUCAAAAUGGAACUGUUUUGUUAAACUCUCAUUUUGUUUUUGAAGAAGCUAAAAAGAGAACCAAGUUUAUGUUAAAGCUUAUGAAUUAAUUUCAUUUUUUUUUG